UAAUAAAAAAAAAAAUCUUUGUAGGCAGCUCCAUCGCAUAGGAGAUGCAGCCAUCUCCAUCUUCUAAUCUAAACCCUCUCAGAAAAAUUAAAUAAUUUUCAAUUUCUUUUUCUUUUCCCCCUCUUUUUUUACCGAGAAAUAUUAUAUUAUUCUGUUUUUAACUCUAAUUUGAACACACCACCACCGUAGAACGUACACACCCAAACACUGCAACGCCAAAAGAUAUACAAAAAUUUGAACUAAAAGCCUUUCCAUUUUGAUCAUCAUCAUCAUUUGAUCACGGCCAUUGAAGGAGGAUCUGAUGGCAGCACACGGGCAAGCAACCAUGGACCCUAACAUAUUGGAUGACAUAAUCAAUCGGCUCACGGAGGUCCGAUUAGCCCGACCAGGAAAGCAGGUCCAGCUCUCAGAGACCGAGAUCAAACAGCUUUGUGUUGCCUCUAGAGACAUCUUUAUUCGACAACCUAACUUGCUUGAACUUGAAGCCCCGAUGAAGAUUUGUGGUGACAUACAUGGGCAAUAUAGUGAUUUAUUGAGGCUUUUUGAAUACGGAGGCUUUCCUCCUAAAGCCAAUUAUUUGUUUUUAGGGGACUAUGUGGAUCGUGGCAAGCAAAGUUUGGAAACUAUAUGUCUUUUGCUUGCAUAUAAGAUUAAAUAUCCAGAAAACUUUUUUCUCCUACGAGGAAACCAUGAAUGUGCUUCCAUUAAUCGGAUAUAUGGAUUUUAUGAUGAGUGCAAAAGGCGGUUUAAUGUGAGACUUUGGAAAGCCUUUACUGACUGUUUUAACUGCCUUCCUGUGGCGGCUCUUAUAGAUGAAAAAAUACUGUGCAUGCAUGGUGGUCUUUCUCCUGACCUGUCAAACUUGGAUCAAAUUAGAAACCUAACUCGCCCUACUGCUGUUCCUGACAAUGGUUUACUUUGUGAUUUGCUCUGGUCGGAUCCUGGAAAAGAUGUUCAGGGAUGGGGAAUGAAUGACAGAGGAGUUUCAUACACCUUCGGUGCUGACAAGGUGUCAGAAUUCUUGAAAAAGCAUGAUCUAGACCUGGUCUGCCGUGCCCAUCAGGUUGUGGAGGAUGGAUAUGAAUUCUUUGCUGAUAGGCAACUUGUUACCAUAUUUUCAGCUCCCAACUAUUGUGGUGAGUUUGAUAAUGCUGGUGCAAUGAUGAGUAUUGAUGAAGAACUGGUGUGUUCUUUCCAGAUUCUUAAGCCAGCAGAGAAAAAAGCUAAGUUUUUUAUGUCUACAAAAAUGUGAUGUUUGCUAGCUUCUCAAGCUUAACCAAGCUGAAAUGAAAGAUCACUGAACACUUGAGGGGAGGGAUUAGGAUGUGAUGCUUGGCUUAAAGGCGGGGAGAUCUUCUACAACUCUGGCAACAAAUGCUUUUUGUAUGGGAGGGCGCAGGGGAGUGUGGGUUGUAGAAGCCAAGAAACUUUAUCGUUUAUAUUUUCUCCCUUCAUUAUGGUAGCAAACUUAUUGACAGUGCUUGUGUAUAUAAAAUCUAAAGAAGGUUUAGCUUUUCAAGAGUAGGUUGAGCUGUUUGUAUCAGAUAGUUUAUACACUUUCUGGUUUUACAAGAUAGUCGAUUGCAUAUAUUGUGUUUCCAUGAUGGUAUUUCGAAGGCCACCAAGUGAAAGGCAACCUUAAGUAUGUCGGGAUUAUAGGCUUGUCAAGCAUAAGCUAGAUUUAAAUCUAGAUGCUUUAGACAUAACCAUUUUGUCUGUGUUGCGGCUGCUGCUGAAUCUUAGUCGGCCAAACUUGUCAAGUGAUGUGUUGUAAUCUUCUAAGCUUCUUUUGUUGCAUUAUUUUUCGAAUUUAUUCAAUCAUAUUCUCUGAUAGAACAAA